AUGUCUUCAUCAAAUAACAGUAGUGAUAAUAACAAUAUUUUGAUAAAUUCAGAACUAGAACAAUUAGCAAAUAUAAAUCAAUUGACCAUAAGGAUUGGAUGGUUGGCUCUAGAUAAUUCAUUUUUAUAUGAUUUAGAAAAAUUAAUAUUCGAUAAUAAAGGUAAUAUCAUACCUUUAUUAUCUAUUGAAAAUUAUGAAUUUUUAAAUGAUGAGCAAAGAUUAAGAAUUUUAAAAGAAAAUAGUGACAUUUUCUUAUUUGAAAAAGGUUUAAAAGAAAUUGAAAAUUCAUUCGCCAAGUCUUUGAAAAUUAAUCAAGAUGAAGAGGAUGGGGAUGAAGGAUGUGUAAAGGAGGAGGAGGAGGAGGAGGAAGAGGAAGAUUGGGAAUAUGAUUACGUUGUUCAAUCACAUUUUAAAAAUUUGAAUAAUUUAAAUGCUGUCGUCGGAAUCGUCACAGGGUUGUUAAAGGAAAAUAAAAAUAUAAGUAAAUGGUCGAUCUCUUCAAAUGAACAUGCUCUGUCACAUCCGGGAAAUUUAUAUAUCAAAGGUAUACCAAAAGAGAUGACCAUAGAUGAUAUAUUGCCGGUUUUUUUGAAUUUUGGGAAGGUAAUAUCUUUGAAAAUUAAAACAGAUCAAUCAGGUAAUUCAUUAGGUUAUGGUUUUUUGUCGUUCCAGUUAGGUUCACAAGCUUCACUAUGUAAAAAUGAAUUAAAUGGCACUAAUUUGAAUGGUUCAAAACUUUUUAUUAAUUAUCAUGUUGAGAGAAAGGAAAGAGAAAGAAUUUAUUGGGAUAAUUUAAGAGAAAGAAAUUUUAAUGAUAAAAAAUUUAAAGGAAUAUUCAUUGGUAAUUUACCAAUUUAUGAUGAAGAUAAGAAUUUAGUUAGUCCCGAAAAAGUGUUCGAAAAGUUUUGUAUGGUAUUAAAAGAUGUGACGCCCAUUGAUUCAAUUGUAUCGUAUUAUUUUCCGAAAGAAAACAGUAACUCAAAUAUUGACUAUGGAGAUGAUGAUAAUGCAGAUACAGAACAACCUAAGGGAAAGAUAAACGUUGAAACCUGUCCAUUGCAAAAUGAAGAAAUUCCAUUAAAAGGUUAUGGUUUUAUAAAAUUUAUAAGUCAUGAUCAUGCAUUAGCUGCUGUAGAAAUUUUAAAAGAUUUUCAAUGGUUAGGAAAUAAAAUUAUUGUUAAUAAAGCUAUACAAAGCAGACCCCACCAUACUUCAUUUAAUGGCUCACCUCCUAAUGUUAACAAUAAUAAUUUAGCAUACGGUUAUGAUAAUGACGUAAAUGAUAACUACUACGGGGAUAACAUACCUAUUUCUUUAUCAUCAUCUUCUUUAUCAUCUGCUAAUAAUAAGACUAAUAGUACUAAAAAUAAAAAUGGAAAUGGCAUGAAAUAUUAUCAUCCUGGCAAGAAGCAGAUUAAUAAUGCCAUUCCAAAUUACUAUAAUUAUAAUCCUCAUCCAACUACAGGCAUGUUUCAAAGGAAUUUCCAAACAAGUCCGUAUGUUCAAUAUAUUCCUUACUCUCCUGUGAAUUCAUUUGAUAGCUCAGAAUCAGAUAUAUAUAAUUUGUCAUCAUCCCCAAGAGCAGUAUCUAGGUCUUCUAUUACAGCUACAUCGCCUGAAAAUGUAAAUGACUUGUUUGAAAACCACGAGUACUCAUAUAAUGCUAAUCCUUCCACUGUGGCAAAUUUGAAUCAUGGAAGCAGUUUUAACAGAAACACAUUUCAUUAUAAUUACAAUUACUCUCCUUUUUACAAUCACAAUGGCAAUUAUAAAUUUGUCAGUGGAGGAAGCAAAAACGUAUUGUUCCCAAGACCAUUAAAUGAUCAGCAAGAAUCGAAUUUGUAUAUUAAACAUAUACCGUUAUCUUGGAGCGACUCCGAUUUAUAUGAUUUCUAUAAAGUUUUUGGUGAAGUAAUCAGUGCCAAAAUAAUUACAGUCGGUGGUAGUAAGAAUAAAGUUACUAAAUCUGAACGUACUGAUUUGGAAAUUCCUGUUGGAUCUUCAAAAGGCUAUGGAUUUGUCUACUUUAAGAAUACUUUAGAUGCUUCAAAAGCAAUAAUCGAAACAAACAGAUAUAAAAUAGAUAAGGACCAUAUUCUUCAUGUCUCAUUUGCCCAAAAGAGGUCCAAAUUAUCAGAUUAUGAAGAUUGUGUUAGCAGUAAUAUUGAUAAAAAAAAUUUUACUAAAGUUGCAAAUGGGCCUAACCCUAAAAGUAAUAGAGCAAUAUUUGUUGACUAUUCAAAUUUAGAGUAUUCGGAUCAAAGAUUCAUGUAUAAUAAUGUUAUGAAUCAAUCCAUGCAUCCAAUGAAUAUUUAUCAAAUUGGAGCAUCUAAUUAUAUUCCCCAGAUGAACAAUUGGAACUUCCAUAUGAUGCCGUCACCCCUUCAUGGUGGAAUGCCAGCUCAUAACUUUGGCCAACGCAUGAGUGUGCCUUAUAUAAUUCGUGCGCCAGUGUCAGCAGCAAGUGAUUUUGAUGUUGGAAAUUCAAAAUAUAGUAGAGAUUAG